AAUCAGUUUGUUUACGAAAAGAGUGAAGAUUAAUCGAUAAAUUGCUUUAGUGAAAAAUGUUAAGACUGUCCUGUAAACGAUCUUGUACAUUUUUUAAUUCUUCCAAUAAUGUAUAUUCUCUGCGAGAUCGAUGGUUAUAUCAAGUCAGUUGGCGAGGAAUAUCUAGUUCGACGUGGAAAACAUCAAAAAAUAAUGAAUGCGGUCGAAUGGAACUUUGUAUCGAUAAACCGAUAAAAUGGCCGAGUGGCAAGAGAAGCGGAUUUGAUUUUCACGAUGAAACUGAAGCCGCAAUGAACGACCAGAUUAAUGUUGAACUGAAGGCGUUUUAUUAUUAUUUAUCUAUGGCUGCAUAUUUCGGUCGCAUGGAUGUCGCUCUACCGGGAUGCGAGUCAUUCUUCAUGCAGAUGCAUCACGAGGAACACGAGCAUGCCCUGAGAUUUUGCAACUACGUGAAAAUGCGCGGAGGAAAGGUGCAUCUCUGCGCUGUAUCACCGCCGGACGAUCAAGACUGGAAAUGUCCAUUACAUGCAUUCAAAACGGCUUUACAACUGGAAGUAGAUGUUAGUAAAAAGUUGACCGCAGUGAAUGGGAUAGCAGUGAAACACGGCGAUUUAAACGCGAGCGAUUUUAUCGUCACUGGCUUUAUGGAGGAUCAGAUGAAGAGCGUGAAUGAAAUGGGAAGAUUCAUAUCUGUGCUUUCUGGCAUUGGAGAUCAAGCGUUGGCACGAUUCAUGUUCGAUAAGGACUUACUUGAUAAUUAUGUAACGUCCAAUUUUAAUGUUCUAAAAAGCAAAUCCUAG